GCUCUGCUCAAAUCGGCUCGAACCGGAUUACAAGUGAAUCGAAGCGAGCGGAGCGCCGUGCCGGAUCGUACUAGGUACUGACUGAAGACAACGCGGCGCUGUGGAUACACGUGGGGACCCCCCCCCUUUCUGUUUCACACGCGCCGUUUGCAUUCUGAGUAAACUGCCCCUCUACUCGAUUCGCACCGAAGAGCGUUAAGGAAAGAGGGCGGCAUCAUGAGUUCCCGUGGCGUAACUCAGGACACCGAACUGGACCUGAAGGACGUGGAGCUGAGCGACCUGGACACCGAGAAGCAACCCAUGAACGCCUCCCCGCCGCUGGCCGGCUCCCCCGGCAGCCUGGGCGAGAAGAACGGGGUGGUGAAGGUGAAGGUGGCCGAGGAGGAGGAGGAGGGCGAGCUGGCGGCCAAGUUCACCGGGCUGUCCAAGGAGGAGCUGCUGCAGGUGGCCGGCACCCCCGCCUGGGUGCGCACCCGCUGGCUGCUCCUGAUCCUCUUCUGGCUGGGCUGGCUGGGCAUGCUGGCGGGGGCCAUCGUCAUCAUCGUCCAGGCCCCGCGCUGCAAGGACCUGCCCCAGCAGAGGUGGUGGCAGAAGGGGGGCAUCUACCGCAUCCAGCCCACCGAGAGGUUCCAAGACUCCAACGAGGACGGCGAGGGGGACCUGGCAGGCCUGAAGCAGCGGAUGGAUUAUUUAAACUCUCUCAAGGUGAAAGGGGUGGUGAUCGGGCCUCUUCACGUCAACUCCAAAGAUGAUCUGGCCGGGACGAACCUCCAAGCCAUCGACCAGAAAUUCGGCACAGCGGCGGAGUUCCAGGAGGUGCUUCAGGCUGCGAAGAAAAAGGGCCUCAAAGUCAUCUUGGACCUGACACCCAACUACAAAAGUCCAUCCCCUUGGUUCAGUCCUGAGAUCCUUACCAGCAGUGACUUCCAGGACAAAAUGAAGGCGGCGAUAGACUUCUGGCUGAAGGAAGGUGUGUCCGGGAUCCAGAUCAGAAGCGUCGAGCAUGUACUCAAUGAGACCCAACUCUUGACUGAGUGGAAGAAUCUGACUGAGAAAUACACCGUUGAUGACCAUUCCAGGGUGCUGAUCGCAGCGACUUACAAACGGGACCCCCAGAGCAUCUUCUCCCUUCUCAACGAGACCGAGGCGGUGGACCUGCUGACCAGCCAGUACCUGCUGGGCCUGGGGGAGGAUGGGCAGGGCGACACGUCUGCCCGCAUGAUCGACCGCUACAUCCAGGCUGCCGGGGAGAAGUGGCCCAGCUGGAGCGUGGGAAGAGCUGGGCUUGUGGGGGAACAGCUUCUCCGCCUCUACCACAUGCUGGUCUACACCCUGCCGGGGACCCCCUUCACUGACUUUGGCGAUGAGAUCGGGCUGCGGGACUUGCCGGGACAGCCCGCAGAGUCCACGGUUGUUCGCAUGCGGUGGGACAAUACCAUAAACUUUGGGUUCUCCAAAGAUCCGCAACUGAGUGGCGUAGAACAACAACAGAGUGCUGCAGAGAGCAAUGUCACCGUGCAGUCACAGAGCGGGGAUGAAUCUUCCAUCUUGAAGCUCUUCCGGGACUUGAGUGAGCUGCGUGGGAAAGAGCGCUCCCUUCUCCAUGGCGAUUUCUGGCCGGCUGGCUCCUCAGCGCCAAGUGUCUUUGCUUACCUACGUGUGUGGGAUCAGAACAGGCGCUACCUGGUGGUGCUCAAUUUCGAUCCCAAACCCACCACGGUCUCCCUCACACACCAUCUGCUGCCCUCAGAGGCCACGGCGGAGCUCAGCACCCUCCCGCAUCGGGAGCUGAAACAGCAGCUCAGCUUGGCAGAGCUCAGUUUGCAUCCUUCGGAAGGGUUGUUACUCAGUUUCCCUUAUGUGGCCUAGUUUGACGUCAGACUCCUCCUUUUUCUGAGGGAGGGGAGCAGAAGAGGGUUCAAGCUUAUUAUCCCUAGAGGGGCAGUCUUGAGACCUUAGAAGGAUACAGCUUCAGCAACAGUCUGUCUGAACUUAACUGUCUUUUCUCUCCCCCCGCCCAUUUGUUUUGUACAUUCCUCGAAUGGCUAAUAUGUGAGGGGGGGGGGAUGCUCUCUUAACAUAAUGUGUCAUUCUGAAAUAAUACUACUGCUGAUGUGUGCCUGUGUGUGUGAUUGAGAGAGAGAGAGAGAGAGAGAGGGUGUUCAGGAGGUCAGUGGAGACCAUCUGGGGAUCAAUUCCUUGGUGAUUUUUUGUGUGUAUCACAUGUCCCUGACCCGGGGAGGAGUGAUGAUAGCAGCUUGGUGUUUAUUCGGUUCACGAGCUCCUCUCCCCUUUAAGGUCUGUGUACUUUAUGGAAUAGUCUUCUGUCUGUGUGUGUGUGUGUGUACCCUUUUCCCAAAAGUGUUGGAGGGUGACAUGGAGUAAAUUAAUAAACUUUUAACUCUGCAUUUCUGGUUUCUGGUUGUCUUUUUUCUAAACUGAGACAAUUUAGGCCUUCUCCUGGCUUCGUACUUCCCCCGUUUUGAUCCUGGG